AUGGAGGCGCUGCGGCGGCCGGCGCUGCCCGAGGACGCGCUGCGCUCCCCUGGCCCUGGGCCGCUCCGCCCCGCUCCUGGCCGCCUGCGUGUGGCAGCGGCAGCCGCUCCGCCUGCGCUCCGUGCCGCGCCGCGGGGAGCCGGGAACGGGCCGGGAGGCGCGGCGGGAGGAGCGCCCGGAGCGGGGCACGGCGACACCCCGGCGCACUUGGGCGGCACCACGGUGUUCGGGGAUAACGUGGAGGAUGAGUGGUUCAUCGUGUAUCUGCUCCGGGAGAUCAGCAGGGAGUUCCCGGGGCUGGCAGCCAGCAUUGAUGACAACGCUGGAGAGUUUCUCUUGAUAGAAGCAGCUGAUUUUCUCCCCAAGUGGCUGAAUCCUGAGAACAGUGAAAACAGGGUGACGUUCACUCGGUGUUUAUAUGCCCAGCUGGUGCAGCAGCAGUUUGUCCCAGACAGACGCAGUGGAUACACCCUGCCCGCCCCAUCUCACCCUCAGUACAGAGCCCACGAGCUGGGCAUGAAGCUGGCUCAUGGCUUUGAAAUGUUGUGCUCCAAGAGCAGUAAAGUAGCUCCUGAUGCCAGGAGAAACGUGUUAAGCGGUCCUCUGUGGGAGAGAUUCCUCAGGAGCUUGAAGGAGAAGGAAUAUUUCAAGGGAGAAAUGGAAGGCUCAGCCAAGUACCUGGAACUGUUGCACAUGGCAGAAGAUCACUUCCAGCAAUGUGUUGCUGUGCCAGAAAGCUGUGAUGAAGUGAGCCCAGGUGAUGAAAUCCUGACACUACUAGAGACAACCCCCAUUGAUCUGAAGGAAUUUGAGAGAGAAGCAGCUUGUCUUCCUCCAGAGGAUGACGACAGCUGGCUGGAUAUUACACCAGAUGCUCUGGAUCAGGUGCUGAAGGAGGCAAGAAAUGAGUCCCUUCCUUCCACAGAUGAGGAAGAGCAAAAAUAUGACUUGGAAACCGUUGCUGAGAGCAUGAAGGCUUUUGUGUCCAAAGUGUCCACGCACCAAGGAGCAGAAAUGCCGUGGUCAUCUGAUGAAUCCCAUGUUAGCUUUGAUGUGGAUUCUUUCACAAAAGCCCUGGACAGAAUUUUAGGGGCAGACUCGGAGCAGCUGGAUUCUGAUGAUCUGGAUGAAGAGGAGGAGUUUGGCUUCUCAGAUGAGGAUGAUGAAGACCUGGAUGCUGGGAAUCAAAGGCAGGAGCAGAAGGUGCCUCCUGAGCAGCUGGUGGGCAGUCUCAAGGCGUACAUGAAGGAGAUGGACCGUGAGCUGGCCCAGACCAACGUUGGGAAAAGUUUCAGCGGCCACAGGAGAGGGGCAGGUUCUGUUGGAGCAGCCACAUCUGAGAGUGCUGGCCCUGAUUGUGGAGCUGAGGCUGCUGAGCUGGCCCCCGUGGAUGUGGACAUGAACCUGGUGGCAAACCUGCUCGAGUCCUACAGUGCCCAGGCUGGCCUGGCAGGACCCACCUCGAACAUUUUACAGAGCCUGGGGCUGGAUUUACCUGAGAGCACAGAGCUCACGGGCAGCUGAGCAACACAGGGAGAGCUUUGGGCAAGGCAUGGCUGGUGGGGAGAUGAGCACAGGCACACGAGCAGCAUGUGGAAGGAGAGGCCAGAGGUUUUAAUUCAGAGCGUUCUGUUCAUUAUGUGUCACUUCAGCAGAGUGAAUUGACCUGCAGCAGCUUCUGUUUGGACACUGUCUUGGGUGGAAAUGAGAUUUUCCCAGUGCUGACACAGUUUCAGACAACUGAAAAAUGAUGUUGAAUGAAUGACUGAAAUGAGCUUUUCUUUUCUUACCAAACCUCUCUUCCAUUUUCCCAAUCAGUGAUCCACCUUGCCACAUUUCUCAAAUGUCCUUUGACCCAUUGCUAAGUGGGUUCAAUAUCUGGGAAGCAGUUCUUGUUCUGGAAAUGCUGCUGCCUUCAGGGGCACGUGGGGAAAUACCCCAUUGCAGGAAGAGUAAUUGCAUCAAACGUGUAAAUAUUGGCCAGAAGUAGUUUUUAAAUUUAUUUCAAUAAAAACAGAAAUACAGCUUGAGUACU